AUGAUUACUUUGAAAACUUUACUAGUAAUUGUUAUGACGGUAUAUAUAGAAAAUACUGAUACGGCACAUUCUAUUGUUUAUCCCAUAGGGGGCUUAUUCAACAGAUUAAAUUUAAACAGUUCAGUGCAGUUAUUAGAGAAAGAAUUUAGAAAAAAGAGUUUGACAUAUCACGGUCGAAGUUUGUUCACAGAUGUUGGGGAAAGCUAUUCUACUGCUUUACAAUUGUGCUCCUUUACUUCUGAUGGGCAAGGAAUCGCGGCAAUAAUAGAUGCUCGACCUACUGAGGGAAUUUGUGACACUACGUGCCUGUUAAGUAAUAGAUUAAAUAUAUCUCACUUGUCCUUGGGUUGGGAGCUUGCCGAGACGUUUGAACAGGAUUCAUAUACAUUUUACUUUCACCCAUCGUCAAAAUUAAUCUCAACGGCUUUUGCAGCUCUUAUCAAAGAAUUGCAGUGGGAUAAGUUUGCCAUUUUAUACGAAGAGGAUAGCAGUUUCAUAAGACUUCAAGAAGUAAUAAAUUCGUGGUCAAGCAUGUCGGAGCCAAUAUUGUUUCGAAAGCUGAACCCACUAGAAGACAAUCGUGAAAUAUUCAAACAUGUUUUUAAAACAGCACACAUGAGUUACCACAUAUUAGAUUGUCAUGUCGAUAAUAUUCACAAAUAUAUGAGAGAGAUUGUAGAUGUUGAUAACUCAACUGAAUAUCAGAGCAUUAUACUGUCAAAUUUAGACGCAUAUACUAUUGACUUCAAAGACAUCCCAGAUCUUAUGGCAAACGUAUCUACAUUACAUCUGACAGUAUCAGGCAACGAUUUUGAAUUCGAUGAACCAUUGCAGUUGGAGACUGCAUUGACUCUCGACGCACUAAAGCACUUACAGAAAGCAAUACGGAGCUUGAAAGUGAAAAGUACAAACGUGCUGCCCGAUCCGCCAGCCUUAUGUACUCUCAGUGCAGACUCUGAAAGCACAUAUGAAGAUAUUGCAUGGCCCAUAGGUUUCGAUCUUCAGAGAAAAAUAAUGGAAACACAAAGCGAUGGUCUCACGGGUAACAUAGAGUUUGAUCAAAAUGAUGGAACAAGGAUAAAUGUUAUAUUGCAUCAUUCAAGAUUAAGCACGGACAGCGAGUUUGUAUAUGCUGGUGAUUGGGACUCCAAAACAAAUGUUAUAACAACGGAAAAUAAUUUCGAUGACCGAUCCACUGCUGUUAAAUUUAAUUCAAAAAUAAGAGUAGCGACAAGAGAAGAUGCACCCUAUUAUUAUAAAGGUGUUGAUAGUGUUACUAAUUUGACAGUCUAUAAAGGGUACGCAAUAGAUCUGAUCGAUGCUAUUAUUAAAACUAUAAACAAAGACAACAAAAUGACUUUAGAAUAUGAGAUAUACAAAGUGCCUGGCAAUGGAUAUGGAAGUCCGAUAACUGGAACCAAGAAAUGGAACGGUAUUAUUGGAGAAUUAAUGGAACAUAGAGCCGAACUGGGUAUUUGCGAUCUUACGAUUACAUCAGAGAGGAACGCUGUCGUAGACUUCUCAAUACCUUUCAUGUCGCUGGGUAUCAGUAUGUUGUUUAAAGAACCUAUUCCCGAAGAGCCAGAUCAGUAUUCGUUUUUACAACCUUUGGAUUUGGAUGUUUGGUUGUAUCUAGCCACUACAUACGUGAUCGUGUCAUUUGUUUUGUUUGUUUGUGCUCGAAUGUGCGAGGACGAUUGGGUUAAUCCGCAUCCUUGUAAUCGGAGUCCAGAAAACUUGGAAAAUAUUUGGAGUCUUUACAAUUGUAUGUGGCUUACAAUGGGUUCUAUUAUGACCCAAGGAUGUGACAUAUUACCAAGGGCGGCUGGUUCUCGUUGGAUUGCUGGAAUGUGGUGGUUUUUUGCUAUGAUUGUAACUGCUUCCUACACAGCUAAUAUGUCCACCUUUAUUAGUAACAAUCGUCGUAGCAGUGAUAUCAAAGAUGUUAAAGAUCUCGCUGAACAGAACAAAGUCUCCUACGGAACUUUAUACAACGGUUCUACGUAUAAAUUUUUCGAGAGCUCCAAUGAUUCUAUAUACAGUAAAAUUUGGACUACCAUGGAUUCAGCGAAACCUUCAGCUUUCACAAAGAAUAAUCAAGAGGGCAGGGAUCGUGUGAUGAGAAGUAAAGGAAAAUAUGCCUUUUUUAUGGAGUCCACAGCAAUUGAAUAUUAUGUUAAUAGAGAAUGUCAACUGAAGAUGGUAGGCUCCAAUCUGGAUUCUAAAGAAUAUGGAAUUGGUAUGCCAAAAAAUUAUCCACGUAAGGGUUUAGUCGAUUAUGCUAUCUUAAAACUACAAGAAAAAGGUGAACUUGAAAAAUUGAAACAGAAAUGGUGGGAAAUAGAGGAUAACUCUGCAAAAUGCAAGAAACCUGGAGGGGGCGAGGAAGACGAUAGUGGGUCUUUACAAAUGGAAAACACAAGCGGUAUAUUUUUAGUAUUGGGCACAGGAGGCAUCUUGGGACUCUUUGUGGCGGUUGUGGACUUUAUGUUUCAUGCUCGGGAGAUCAGUGUUCAAGAGAAGGUCACUUUCCGGGAAGCCUUGGCGAGUGAGUGGCGCGCUUCUUUCAAUCCACGUAAGCUGCACAAGCCAGCAGCACCGCCGAGGUCUGCUGCUCCUACCAAAAGUCCUACUCCAUCUAGGCGCGAACGCUCGCAAUCUCGAGCUGUAUCAGUUCUUAGAGCUGCUUCGUCUUUUAUUAAUUUUGAUGAGAUUUACUGA